UUUAAAAAGAAGGGAAGGCAAAGAAGAAGAAGAAGAAGAAGGAAAGAGACGGCAAAACCCAGAAAGAGCAGCAUCAACCUCAUCGGAAUCCAAUCUGUAUUCCACCAUAUUCGUUUAUCCCAGUUUGUUGAUUAAUCGGAUCCUUUUUACUGGGCUGCUUCUUAGAGCUACGGUAGCGAAAACGAGAGAGAAGAAAAUGGAGGACAAGGGCAAGGGAAGCGAGAUAUUUGGGGGAUCCAUAGCCAAUCUGACUGAGAUGGCUCUGAAUUUGGAGUCACUCAAGAAGCUGCUUCUGAAGAAAGCUAUCUUUGUCGAUGAAGAGACCUUUACCAAAGCCUCACUUUGUUCUGAACAAGCUCGUACCAUUAAGGUUCUUGAACAAAGAGUUGAAACCUUGGAACGAGAACUUGAUGCUGCCAUUGCAGCUGCUGCACAUGCUCGUUCAGAAAAACGCCAGGCUGAGGCAGCAGAGAAGGCUGCUGAGUUACGUGCACAAGAAGUUACAAAAGAGCUCGAGAACACCUCAAAGGUAUUUGAGCUACACAUGGAAGAGUUGCGUGCAAAGCAAGAAGAAAUUUCCAAGCGUGAUAAGGAUAUCGAACUUUUGGAAGCUAUAAUUCAGACACUUGGUGGAAAAGAAGCACAUAAAAGAAUUGGGUAGAAACUCUGUCUUUGAAAUUUUGUGUUCGAUUAUGUUUUGAGCCUUUACUAAACUAAAAAAAAAAAGGUAUGUAUAUAUUUUUGCACAAUUGAUCUCCAAAAAAGAUGGGAUGGAUCCACACUCUUAAAACAAUUCCAGCUUUGCUUCAACAAUAGAUGAAUUCUGUGGG